AUGUUGACAUUUUUAAUUGCGUCAUUGUUGAUUUGCCCAUUCAUUUUUGUCAAUUCAGCAACUGCUGUUUUCCCAACAAAGGUUUGUUGUAAACCAAAAUAAGUGGAAGACGAAUACAUAUGUUGUACAUCUGGUCACAUUUUAUUGUUGUAAAUUUAUUUUUUUUUCAAAAAAAAAAUACCGACAUGCGAAUUAUUUAUGAACAUUGUAAAUCUAUCAUUUUUCCUUUGGCUUGCUUUCCUGAGGUUUGCUUGUAAAGCAAAAAAAAGUUCAAAAAAGUCUUCCCAAGAAAAAAGUGACCUUGUAUGGUAAUCUAUCCGGAACAUCAUUCUUGUAGAUUGGCGAAACAUUAAUUUUGGAUCUUGGUAAAGAUGUCAAAGAAUGGAAACGUAAUCGAGAUGGAACUGAAGAAUUUAUCAAGUGAUUUCAUUUUUGUUUGUUUUGAAAAAUGAAAAAUUUAAAUAUUUCAGAUUUUGCGAUGAGGCCAAAGAAUGUAAUGCGUGGAUUGAUAAAGAAACUAAUAAAAUUGUUGGUGAUGGGAGAGAACAUAUUUUUGAGAAUGGGACUUUGGUGAUUGAUAAUUUUCAAGAAUCGGAUGUUGGUGAUUAUUCGUCGCAUGAUGAGAUGGAGAGAGUGAGUGAUGAAAUGGGGGAGAAAACCAAGCGGCUUUGAGACAAGCUUGAAAAAGUGAGAAAAAACGGAUUACGUGUAAAUUUUUGGAAAUAGGAUAUUCUGCUUGAGCUUCAGAAUUUUCUAUUAAAAAUAUCACAAAUCCCUAACUCAUAUCCUAUUCCAGAUAACUUUCCCACUUUAACAUAAAUAUAGAGAAUCCUAACUAAUAACCACUUACUUAAAAAUAAGAGUCAUUCAUAAAUUCUGCAUACCUAUGAAUAAUACAUAAUAUUUUUCUCAUUAAAGGUACACUAUACAGCAGAUGGUCGAAUUUGGGCAUUGGCUCGAACCCGAAUCACAGUAAUUGCUAUUUGA